CGAGAACAAGAGGAGCAAGGGGAGAGCCUCUGGGGGCCCUUUGAUGAUGCCGAUGAGUGGGAGUUGGCCAGAUGGCUCGUGAAGAAUGUCAGGCAGACGCAGACAGAUGAGUUCCUUAAGUUGGGCAUUAUACGGGAACGUGCUGCCCCUUCCUAUGAGAACAAUCGUCAAUUUCUGAAGAAGAUUGACGGCCUUCCCACCGGCGGAGCAGGCUGGAGCUGUCACAACGUGGAGAUCGCAGGGGAUUUGAAUGAUGAUGAAGGCAUGAUCCAGACAGAAGAUGUUGAAUUAUGGACCCGAGAUCCUCUUGUGGUUAUUCGGGAACUUCUCGGUAAUCCUGAUUUCAGGAAUGGAAUGGCAUACGCACCAGAGCAUGUAUACGCGGAUGCGAAUAGGGCGAGACGGAUAUAUGAUGAGAUGUGGACGGGAGACUGGUGGUGGAAGACACAGGGAAAGCUCCCGAAGGGGUCUACCAUCGCCCCAAUCAUUCUAAGUUCAGACAAGACAAAACUGUCUUUGCAGCGCGGUGACAAGUCCGCAUGGCCCGUGUACCUAACUAUUGGAAAUAUUGAGAAGUCAGUGCGCCGAAAGCCUACUGCUCAUGCCACAGUCCUGAUCGGAUACUUACCCGUCCCGAAACUGGACUGCAUGUCCGAAUCCAUGAAGUCGGUCACCGGCUAUCGGCUCUUUCACUACUGCAUGAAGAAACUGCUUGCCUCGCUUGUCGAUGCUGGAAAGGAGGGUGUCCUCAUGCGUUGCGCGGAUGGGUACAUCCGACAUGUCUUCCCGAUCCUUGCAGCAUACGUUGCCGACCAUCCUGAACAGUGUCUUGUGGCCUGCUGCAAGGAGAGUUUCUGCCCUAAAUGCUAUGUUACGCCGCCGAAGAGAGGCACCUUGGAUUUUACCCUCAAGGCUCGUCAGACAGAGCGCACGAAGAUUAUCUUGAAGCACCGGGCGUCUGGCCGACGGGUUCCUGCAUUCAAUGCUGAAGGUUUACGACCAGUCGAGGAUCCUUUUUGGGCUGAUUUGCCGAAUGUGAACAUCUUCGACUGUUUUACGCCAGAUCUGUUGCACCAGUUGCACAAGGGGGUCUUCCGCGACCACCUUGUGAACUGGUGUAUGGACGUAAUGACGGAUAUCGAGAUGGAUGAGCGCUUUAAGCGCAUGUCCAGCUAUCCGGGCCUGCGAUUCUUCAAGAAUGGGAUCUCGACUAUCUCGCAGUGGACAGGGCAUGAAUAUAAGGAAAUGCAGCGCAUAUUUGUGGGGCUGCUUACCGCUGGUGUACACCCUCAAGUUGUCAUUGCAGCUCGAUCUGUGCUCGAUUUCAUAUACUAUGCAUCCUUUCAUUCGCACACCAGUGACACGCUGUGGGCCAUGGAGAACGCAUUAUGGGAUUUCCAUGAGAGCAAAGAGGUCUUUGUAAGGCUGAAGACACGGACACACUUCAAUAUUGCGAAGAUCCACUCAAUGCAACACUACCUCGAUGCUAUACGUGCGUACGGCUCUUGUGACGGCUACAACACAGAAUCACCGGAGCGUCUGCACAUUGACUACGCGAAGGACGCUUACCGGGCCAGCAAUAAACGAGAGUACACUGAACAAAUGACACGCUGGCUGUGUCGGCAAGAAGCGGUAGCUGAAUUCAACUCGUACUUAUCUUGGGCGACAGCGCGCGUUCACCAGUCAACCGAUGAUGCUCUAUCGGACACCAGUGACGAGUCGCUAGACGAGGAACGCAUUUCUGAGACCGAGACGUGUCUGGCGUAUGCGAAGCCGCGUGACUUCUUCAAGCAGACUGUGCGCACUUUGCCCAAGAAGCCUUCGCGUUUCGCUGUGACGGUGUCGAAGCUGGUGUCAGACUACGGCGCCUUUCAGUUUCUAGACUGUCUACGGCGGUAUCUGUUGCUUAUGCGCCCGGAUGGUGCAGCGGUUACGAGUCCCAACCAGUUCGACAAAUUCGACCUUUAUCAACAGCUUAUCCUACAUCACCCGCCCGUUCCAGUGGUCACCGACUCCGCAAAACUCAGAAGACGCAUACGCACUACACCGGCAAAGCUAGGCAAACGCGGGGGACCUAGUACUCCAGGUCACGCAGAUACCGUAUUUGUGCGGGUGGACGGUGCAGCAUCACGCGAGAACGAGCACGUUCGCGGGAUGGCAUUGCAAGGGCUUCAAGUUGCUCAAGUACGGCUACUCUUCAAGCUGCCUGAGGUUUUCCGGGCCAAGCAUCGCGACAAUCAUCAAACUACACUGCUGGCGUACGUGGAAUGGUUCAUGCCUUUCAGCAGCAUUGAUGCCACAUCAAAGAUGCACACCAUCUCAAGAUCCAGACGCGGUGGUCAUCGCAAUGCCGAAGUCAUUGCCAUGGACCGUAUAGUAGGUAGCUGCCAUCUGAUCCCUAAGUUCGGUACCAAUGUAGAUAGGCAUUGGACGUCGGAGAAUGUCUUGGACAAGUGUAAGUCCUUCUGGGUUAAUCCUUAUAUAGAUGUAGCUACCUUCUAUGCAUUGCACUCAUGUCAAUAG